AUUGUAAUAAGUUAAAUGUUUGUCCUUUCUUUGGUAAAAUCCAUCCGGACAGUUUGUUCUGCUAAAAUAUUAAGAAGGUUUUUGAUACUUUUUAUAGUGUGAAGUGUGUAUACUUAGCAGUUUUUAUAAUCAACUGGCAUAAUUUGAAAAUCUUCUGAAAUCAUAAAUUCCACUAUCCCAAAUUAAUUUUAAUUUAGAAGUGUGAUAGUAUCUAAUACUGUGCAAAAUUUUAAAUAGAGGUAGGCAUUGAAAUAAUGGGUUAUUCAUAGGUUAUUCAUUGCAUGAUGUUAAUACAAAUGUUAAAACCUGUUUGCUCAUAUAAAAUUAUAUAUUAAUGUACAUUGUGUAAAAUCUAACUUGUUGAUAAACAUUUUUUGUAAUGCAACAUUUGAUAGCUCUAUUACUGAGUACAUUACUUAGCUCCCAGGUUUUUGUUUAAAGGAUCUUAUGAUUGUUGUUGAUAUGUGCUGAUGUGGGUGCCAUUUUAAGUUGGUGUGCAGUGAAACUAUACCAUUGCAUUGGUGGCAUGGGUUUCAUUAGCUGAGCAUACUGAAGAUGAUUGCCCCCUCUCCCCUAUCUCUGCAUUUUCUCACUGUCUGUUCGGGAGCAUUGCGAGACCCUCCAGUACAGGUUUUGGGGGGAGUUGCAGGAAGGAGGAAGAGAGAAGGGAAGGUUCAUUGGACAAACAGAAUUUUGUUGUGUUACAUUUGGAAUCCACCCUUAUGCACUUGAUGCAUUAAUUUAUAUUAAUAUGGAGUUCAGCAAAUCUUUGAGCAUGCUUUGAGGAAAGAUUUGUGCAUAUGUGGAUUUUCCGAAGAAUAGUUAAUGAUGGGUCAUACCUGAAUAUUUUUAUUUGAACAUAUUGUAAUGUUUAGGUAUAUUUGUGAGACAGAUUAGCAGUAUAUACACAGCAGUAUAAUAUUCUAUAAACCAGUACACAAUUAUUGAAAAACUUUUUUAUUGUGUGCUGAAAUAUACAUUGUACUGCCCAGUAGCAAUAUAGUUUUGUAGUUACCAUGCAUAUGUAAUAAACUGUUUUUCUUGUUACAGAAGCACUUUAAAUACCAGUAAAUGGUGCUAAGGGAGGAUCUAAGAAUAUAUUUUUCUCUAACAAUUAUCAAGGAAAAAUACUUUGCGAAUGGGAUGAAUAUACAAACAGUGACUGCCUGCAGCAGCUUCCCGACUCUCAGUAACUAGCUGGAGCUCUUAACUAGUGAUGUUUCAAUUUCUGCUUUAUCCCAUUUGAGUUUGCCUGUCUUGACUGGGGAAAGAAUUUCAAAGUGGAGUACCAUAAACUUGAUAUGGAUAGCAAAAAGAAAGACAAGGACAAACCAGAUGAUAGAAUGGCAAGGCCUAGUGGGCGAUCAAGUCAUAAUCCGCGAGGCAGCGGCUCUUCGAACUCUGGAGUGUUAAUGGUUGGACCUAAUUUCAGAGUUGGAAAAAAAAUUGGAUGUGGUAAUUUUGGAGAGCUACGAUUAGGAAAAAAUUUGUAUACAAAUGAAUACGUGGCAAUUAAGCUGGAGCCAAUGAAGUCAAGAGCACCACAGCUACACUUGGAAUACAGAUUCUACAAGCAACUAGGAUCUGGAGAUGGAAUACCUCAGGUUUACUAUUUUGGCCCUUGUGGCAAGUAUAAUGCCAUGGUGCUAGAACUACUGGGACCUAGUUUGGAAGACUUGUUUGACUUGUGUGAUAGGACAUUUUCUCUGAAAACUGUUCUUAUGAUAGCCAUACAAUUGAUUUCUCGAAUGGAGUAUGUUCAUUCAAAGAACUUAAUAUACAGAGAUGUAAAACCUGAAAACUUCUUAAUAGGACGACCAGGAAAUAAAACUCAACAAAUUAUUCAUAUUAUAGAUUUUGGUUUGGCAAAAGAAUAUAUAGAUCCAGAGACAAAGAAGCACAUACCAUACCGAGAACAUAAAAGCCUUACAGGAACUGCUAGAUACAUGAGUAUAAAUACACAUUUAGGAAAAGAACAAAGUAGAAGAGAUGAUUUGGAAGCUUUAGGUCAUAUGUUCAUGUAUUUUUUACGAGGCAGCCUUCCAUGGCAGGGCUUAAAGGCAGAUACAUUGAAAGAACGGUAUCAGAAAAUUGGAGACACAAAGAGAGCAACUCCCAUAGAAGUACUGUGUGAAAACUUCCCAGAGGAAAUGGCUACAUAUCUUCGUUAUGUGAGAAGACUAGAUUUUUUUGAAAAACCAGACUAUGACUACUUAAGAAAGCUCUUUACAGACCUGUUUGAUCGAAAGGGCUAUUUGUUUGAUUAUGAGUAUGACUGGAUUGGUAAACAGCUGCCUACUCCAGUGGGCUCAAUCCAUUCAGAUCCUGCGAUAACUUCCAACAGAGAAGCACAUCCACACAGAGAUAAAAUGCAACAGUCCAAAAAUCAGUCGACAGACCACAGGGCAGCUUGGGACCCCCAUCAGGCCAAUCCCCAUCACUUGAGAGCUCACCUAGCAGCUGACAGACAUGGUGGCUCGGUACAGGUUGUAAGUUCAACAAAUGGAGAACUCAACACUGAUGAUCCUACUGCUGGGCGUUCAAAUGCACCUAUCACAGCCCCUACAGAAGUAGAAGUAAUGGAUGAAACUAACUGCCAGAAAGUGUUGAACAUGUGGUGCUGCUGUUUUUUCAAGCGGAGGAAAAGGAAAACCAUUCAGCGUCACAAAUGACUUUGGAAGAAGGCAGAUCAUGGGGAAUUACUUACGUGUUCAUCUGCUAUAUCGUGAUUAAUCAUCUCUCUAGUGACCACACAUUUUCCGACAACCCACUUUCAAUGAGAAGGUCCUCCUAGUAGCUUUGUUUUGGUGGUUCAACAUACCUUAGUUUGGAUCAUCACUUCUGGAAGCUUUAAAGCUGUGUCAACAUGAGUACUUAUCUGACCACUGACAUACUGGACCAAUGGGGAAAAAAUGCUGCUCUUUGCUCAGCAGGACUAAACUGUUCUAGAAAACAUUAGCAAUGAUUAGCUAAAGACCAGAUAUUUCAUAAACCUGGCAUGUGCUGAGGUUUUUGUGAUGCUGUACUGAAAGCAGUUGAUUUUUGAGAGAACAAUGGAAAUGAAAACAACAGGACCCAAGCAUUUAAAAUAUGUCUUGCUUUAAGAUUUCUUUUGUCAGUAAUAUCUAAGCUGUUUCCUUCCCCCAUCAUUGCUUUGAUGGUACUACAUUUUGCAAAUUGUUACCAUUAAAUCCUAUCAAAGAAUAUGGUACAGUCACUGCCCAGUGGUACUAAGGCAGAAGCAAGAGGAGGAGUCAUCUGAUGACAAAAGCCUAAAUGCUGUGGUUUAUAGGAGAGAGAGUGAAUCACUGUCAGUAAAAUCUGGGUUUCACAAUCUGCUUUUGUUGUGCCUCUACUUGAGAUGCGGUGUAGUAGAAGUGGUAAUAGUGCUUGUACAGAAAUACAAAAUGUAUGUAUAAUGCAAGUUGUGCUUCCAGUUAUGUACAACACCAGUGCUGAAACUUCAACAGAGGGAAGCUUCAGGGUUAUUAAAACACACUACAAGGAAAUAAAGGUGAUCACUGAUUAGUAAAUUGGGUAAUGAAUCUGAAAAUGUUCAUCAAAAGCUAUUGCUGAAUGACCACUUUAAAAGUGAAGAUCUGGAUGUGCCAUGUAACAAAUAUAGAACUUUUUGUAAAUUAUUUUGCUAUUUGAUUUAAGAAAAGAUGUGGAAAUGGUUGGAUGUAAUGCUGCCUUUAAUGAAUGCUAGCCUGUAGUUCCUGAUUGCUGCUGGGGUUUCUGGAAGUUUGAUGCUUUGAUAAAAUAUUGUUAACACUACAACUAAAAUACAGUUGAUAGGAUUCGACAGGUACUUUCCCCAUUGCUCCUUGAAGUGCCUGUAUUAUGAACAAAUUGUUCAGUAGAAAAGGCAGCCCUUUUUCUUUUCUUUUCUCUUCUCUUUACUUUUCUCUUUGCUUCCCAGAUUUCUUCAUUUAAAGCCAUAAUGACAGAGGUGUGCUUUUGUCAUGUUUAGCUGUCAGCUUCAGUAAAGGAAAGAAAUGGCUAAACAGAUGUAUUGACCAAAACUCAAAUUGUGUAUGUAUGCUUUUAAAAAAGAGCAUCCUAGAGCUAAUUUUUAAUAACUUUUGUCUAUCAGUGCAUGCCUUUUGGCAUACUUAUUUAUUUUAAUAUCUUGUGGUAACAUUCAAAAUGUGUAUUAAAAUUGAUAAAUGCACACCUUUUGAAUUCAUUAUUGCAUUUACAGGGAUUAUUUAGUAAUUUAUUUUUUUCUUACCAGCCAAAAGUGCAGUGCAUUGUCUUGAAAUAGGUGCACACAUUGUGCAGAUCUGGUCAUUGUUAGUCACUGUUGCUGAUAAUGAAUUUAGUAAAUGCUUGAUCUAAAAGCUUGAACUUGGCCUAUAAAAAGCAUAGACUAUAUGACAGUCAAAAAUUUUACUCUUCCUGUUUGUAUCAUUAAUAAUGUCUUAAAAGUCUCAAGGACACUGAUCUUUAUUUUAUUUUUAUUUUAUCUUUUGAGGUGAGAGGAUAGGUGGUUAACAUGGCCAUCCUAAUGUGAACACUUCCUUUGCAGUAUUUGACCAAAUUUCUUUGUUCAUGAUAUUUGUAAAUACAUUCAGUAUCUUUCCUAUUAUGCAGCUGUUCAGGUUUAUUCUCAAGGGUUUCUUUGGCCUGUACAGUGUUUAUAUGAUCUGAACUCCUUACACAUAACAAUGUGUAUAUUAACCCCAUUAUGGACUUGAAGAUUAAAAAAUAUAUAAAACCUGUUUACUGCAAAGACCAGAAUCUUGACAUUGCUAUUUAGCAAUAUUUAAGUACUCCAUUUUAAUGCUAAGGAAGACCUUGUCCUCGCAACACACAACUGGCCAAUAGUAAAUUAUGCAGUUAUGUUCAGGUUAAACCAACAAUGUUUGCAUUUAUAUGCUUUUUCCCUGUCUAAACUAAUAAAAAUCAACAUUGCCUGAAUGUCUCAAUAAUAAAACACAUCCCUGUUUAAAAAUAUGUAAUGGAUGAAGAAGAAAAAAUAAAGGUAGUUUUUUUA